AUGGCCCGACUGGAAGGAAAAGUGGCGUUGAUCACCGGAGCGACCGGGGGCAUCGGCCGGGCCGCUGCCAGGUUGUUCGCGGACGAAGGCGCGCGACUCACGUUGGUUGAUCUGGACGAGACUGCGCUGCGGGAAACGGUGCAAUCAGUCGGCGAAGACCGCGCGAGUUACGCCGUAGCAGACGUGACGAUGCCGGAUCAAACUCAGGCCUACGUGCAAGCAGCGGUGGACCGCUGGGGUGGUGUGGACGUGCUGCUGGCCAACGCGGGGAUCGAGGGCUCGCUAUCUCCCAUCCCGGACUAUCCCCUGGAUGUUUUCGACCGGGUCAUGGCGGUGAACGUGCGCGGGGUAUGGCUUGGCAUCAAAUACGUAGUGCCGGUGAUGCGCGAACGAGGCGGCGGCAGCAUAGUCAUAACGUCGUCCACUGCCGGCAUUGGCGCGGGGCCCGACAUGUCCGCGUACACCACGAGCAAGCAUGCGGUGAUCGGUUUGAUGCGCACGGCUGCGAUGGAGGGCGCGCCCUCGGGUAUCCGUGUCAACACCGUGAACCCGGCUCCGAUUGAAACGCGGAUGAUGCGUUCCAUCGAGGAGAUGCGCGUGGCCACAAUGGAUGACGCCGCAAUAACAGUGGAGCAGACUUACCGGGCGACGUCGGCGCGCAUCCCGCUGGGGCGUUACGGCAACCCCGAGGAAGUGGCGAAAAUGAUGCUGUUUCUCGCCAGCGACGACAGCAGCUUCUGCACCGGUGGCGUGUACAUGGUGGACGGCGGCAGGUCAGCGGGCGGGCGGUAG